AUAGUUCACGUCAUUCUCUGGUCGAAAGCGACAACUCGCUGGCAAUGGAGUUCGCAAGGCAGAGUUUGACGAGAUCCCGACGAUUUCUCUGGCGCAACCCGAACAAGACAUCAUCGAACAGCUUCGCGAUGCUUGCACUCGAGUGGGCUUUUUCUACAUCAAGGACCACGAUGUGUCGCAAGAAGCAGUAGAUGGCAUCUUUGAGACAGCGAAGCGAUUCUUCGACCAGCCGCUGGAGACGAAGAGCGAGAUUCAUUACAAGUUGUCGAAAGUGUUGCACGGAUAUGAGCCCAUCAGUGAAGUCCGCACAGAUGAAGCCAAGCGCGCAGAUUUGAACGAAGCAUUCAACUGUGGAUACGAGCCAGACCUAGAUCCUGUCCCUCACGAUGCAGAAGCUGCUAUGCACGAGGAGAGUGCGAUGGACGGGCCAAAUGCCUGGCCGCGAAUGCCUGGCUUCAAGCAGAAAGUGACCGCGUAUUAUGCUCAGGUGCUUAUGUUGGCGAGACGCCUUGUCCGGUUGUUCGCCAAAGUGCUCGGCCUGCCCGAAACUUAUUUCGACUCUGCCGUGAUUCGACCUGGCGCUAUGCUGCGACUCUUGAAGUAUCCGGCACAAGACCCAAAAGACCCCGACGCUCUGGGCAUUGGCGCGCACACAGACAUCGAGGCUUUCACAAUCCUGUGCCAGGGAAGUCAACCCGCAUUGCAGAUACUGAAUGUGCAUGGGCAGUGGAUAGAGGCGCCGCCUAUCCCAGGCACAUUUGUUGUGAAUAUCGGCGAUAUGUUGGCAAGGUGGAGCAACGACGUCUUCAUCUCGACAGUGCAUCGGGUGCACAAUUGCACAGGUCAGGAGCGAUACUCUGUGCCAUUCUUCUUCGGCCCAAGCUAUAACACCAUGCUCCGCACGUUGCCCACCUGUGUGCCAGAGGGCGAGACAGCAGGAUAUCAGCCCAUCCUCGCAGGAGACUAUGUUUGGAAGAGGUUGGCGCAGAGCAGACUGACCGAAGCUGAGCAGCAAACCUUCGCUUAG